CUUGUACAUCCUGGAUGUGCAGCAUAUUAACUGGUCCGGUCGGCUUUUCCAGACACAACUUACCGCUGUCUCUCCGUCAAGUUCUCUGCUAAAUAAUUUCUUUUGCUGUGAACAAAAUGCCUUUAAAGUUUGAGCUGUGUCCCGGUAGAAUGAUCGGAGGUAACCAUCCGUGCUUCAUCAUAGCUGAAAUUGGACAAAACCACCAGGGAGACAUUGAGAUUGCCAAGAAAAUGAUCAAAAUGGCAAAGGACUGUGGUGCUGAUUGUGCCAAAUUCCAGAAGAGUGAAUUAGAGUACAAAUUUAACAAGCGUGCCUUGGAUCGCCCCUAUACUUCUAAACACUCCUGGGGGAAAACUUAUGGUGAACACAAGCGCCAUCUGGAGUUCAGCCAUGAGCAGUACAGGGAACUGCAGAAAUAUGCAGAGGAGGUGGGGAUCUUCUUCACUGCCUCAGGGAUGGAUGAGAUGGCAGUCGAGUUCCUCCAUGAGCUCAAUGUGCCUUUCUUCAAAGUGGGCUCUGGAGACACCAACAACUUCCCCUAUCUGGAGAAGACUGCCAAGAAAGGACGUCCCAUGGUGGUGUCCAGUGGGAUGCAGUCCAUGGAGACGAUGCGUCGGGUCUACAAAACCGUGAAGGAGCACAACCAGAACUUUGCCAUCCUGCAGUGCACCAGCGCCUACCCUCUGGAAGCUGAAGAUGUCAACCUCAGAGUGAUAACGGAAUAUCAGAAGGAAUUUCCAGAUAUUCCCAUUGGGUAUUCCGGCCACGAGUCUGGGAUCAGUAUUUCAGUUGCAGCCGUGUCUCUGGGGGCAAAGGUCAUCGAGCGUCAUGUAACUUUGGACAAGACGUGGAAAGGAAGUGACCACGCCGCCUCGCUGGUGCCCUCUGAGCUAACCGAGCUGGUUCGUUCCAUCCGACUGGUGGAGAGGGCGAUGGGGAGCGGCCUCAAGCAGAUGUUACCUUGUGAGAAGCCGUGCCACGAUAAGCUGGGUAAGUCAGUGGUGGCCCAAGUCAAGAUCCCCAGAGGAACUGUCCUGACUCUGGACAUGUUGACAGUGAAGGUCGCCGAGCCCAUGGGCGUCACGGCCGAGGACAUCUUCCAGCUUGUCGGCAAGACCGUGACGGAGGACGUGGAGGAGGACGAGAGCGUCAAGCCAGAGGUGGUGGACAGCUACGGCAAGAAGGCCAAGUGCUGAGGAUGGAGAGUUUUGAAAUGGGUAGAAAAGGCACUUAAUUUGAGAGGAGAUUUAAUCGAUUCCUCUGGGUGUAAUUUGGUAGGAAGUUAAUAUGACACACACAGGAGUGUGUUGGUAAUUUUGUUUGGUGCUGCUGAGAUUUCUGAUAUUGAAGUCAUGGAUGAAGUUGUUGCAUAAUUGGACAGUGCAUUAGUCUGGUAGUUUGAAUAUGUCAUAGCUAGUGUUCAAACAGAUAACUCCUUUGCCCAAAUAACUCAUUCGCCCCCUUAGUUCUCCUUUGCCAACGUGUUUUUCAUUUUCUAAAAGCCGCCUUAACGUAAUACACUAACUUUUUGGCAAAUAGGCUCUUUAAUAAACCCCAUUAUGUUACAAGAGGUUCAGUAAUAGUUUAAGCUCUGUGGUCAGUAUUAGUGCAGUGCUUUCAGAGGUGGCACAAAAGCCAGUUGUUACUGUUAACUAAACAUUCUUUGCACUGUAGUUUUAUCCUGCACUGUAGAGAUUAAAUUAAUAUUGAACACAUGAAGCUGCUACUAGUCAUCACACAACAGUGGGAUCUCAGACCCUAUUUGCCAAAGAGUGGACUCUUCUUGUACCAUUGAGCUGUCAAUAUUGUCAACUGGUGCCAGAAUGUCUCUAGUAAUUUAAGUUUGUGGUAUCAGGCAGGGUUUGGAUUUGCACAGCUUCUUUGAGAGAAGCAAAAUAAGACUACUGGAGCCAGAUGCAUAAAACUCAUUAGAUUCAGCCCUAUGAAGAAAUGUGCAUACACUGUCUGCACGGUCUAAUGCCCACUCACACAAUUAACCUUGUUUUUGUCAGCAACCUCAACAGCAUCCUUUAAUUGUGCUUUCAGGAUGAAGGAUGUUAACACACAUUUAUAAAUGUCUACAUGUGGAACAGAAAAAAUGAAGCCUCCAAAUAAAAUAUUGCCCAUA